GAGAGAGACGCGCUAAGCCGGCCGUUGCUAUGAGUGAUAUUUCCAUUGUCAGGAGGGAUGGGAGAUAUCUGUUUGUAUCAAAAGUAUCAGUCCGUAUUGCUGGUAUCAGCAUGCGCAAAUAAGAUCGAUUUUUGGUAUAAACAUUGUAUAACGCUGAUUUUGUCGCGUUUGAGAUUCCAAUUUGUACGCAAAACACUGCCAUAUGUCUCAGGUCUCCGUCAGCAGGCUUGGACAGCCAGACAAAGGGAUGGGUAUGUUACCUAGAAUAGAGCACCCCUUGUCUAGGCUAGGAAACCCGGAUACAAUGUCGGUAAGAGGCAUUAGUCGAAGUGGCAGCAGAAAUGAAAAUGAAGCCGUUCAAGAUACCUCAUCCCAAAGAGGAAUGGUGGUUAGAAGAUCUGCCCAGUCUAGAAAUGGAUCAGCAGCUCAUAAAAAGGUGUUUUCACCUGUUCCAUUAGACGCCAUACCAGAGGGCGUGAAAAUUCAGGCUGCUACAGAUCAAACCAAGCCUCGGCUUCCAGUUUUUGGAUCAAAUAGAAAUUUUAGCAGAGCAGAAUCACGAGCUAGCAAUGCCAGCCGCAUGAGCACAAUGUCACGACCGAGCACCAGAACCAGAAUUGAGAUCGACGAGCUCGAAGCCAUACUGAAAGAAAAACUCAAAGCAGGAGGAUUUUUUGCUAUCAGGCAAAUGUUCAAAAACAACGACCCAGAAGGUAGAGGGAAUGUAACUACAGAAGCUCUCUUACAUAUAAUGACAUCUGUACUUGGCCGAUUGAUUUCACCUAAGCAAUACCAUAUGCUCUUGAAACGACUCCAUUUGGACGAACGUACAGUAAUAAAAUUUGAUGAAUUUUACAGCCAAUUUCGAGAAAGUGUAUCAUCAGAAUAUCCACGCUGGCUUGAUCCAAUUGCUCGAAAACAAGUUGAGCGAUCCCAGAUGACCGCUUCACAAGUUCAUGCUCAAUUAAAAGAACAUGCCAAACAGAGAUUUUUAGAUCUGGCAGAUUUGGUUCCACAAAUGAACCCAGGUGGAUCAUCAAGUAUUAUCCAACCGGAGUUUCGCAAUGUUCUCAACAAAUUAGGAUUCUAUAUGGACGAACAAGAGUUUGAUAAGUUAUGGAAAAAAUACGACAUGGGAAAUAUUGGUGUGAUAAAUGCCCAAACUCUGCUUAAAAAGUUAGGAAUUGAGUUCAGAGAGGAAAGGAAUACGCCGCCUGAAAAGGGAGCUUUGGAUCUCAGAGAAAAGAGUCGUUCAAAGUCAACUACUCAAAAAGGAAAAUCACCGCCAUCCAGUGCUCGUUCGUUACCAAGAAGCGAGGUAGAACGAAAAACGUCUAUCAACAUAGAGCGUUGGCUCAAAGACAAAUUUAGAGAAGGCUUCAAUAGAAUGCGGUCCGAAUUCCGUAAAGCUGAUCCGGAUAAGGUGGGGACCGUAUCAAGAGAUAAUUUUAGAAGAGUUUUAGCACAGAUGGAUCUGUAUCUGCGCGAGGAUUCCGCACUCAACAUGUUUUUGGCGCGAUGUGGAUUGUCGGAAAGAGGGGACAUAAAUUACGUCCAGUUCCUGACGAAAUUUCAAGAUCGAAGUGAAGAUGGAGUUCCCCAUGCAAUUCUGUCCAACCCAGAGCACAGAUUUAAUAAAGAUCCUCGAGCAGUUACACCAAAGUCUACCGUUACAGCAGUAGAAUCAAAAUUGAUGACUUUAUUUCAGUCAAACUUCUUGGCUCUUCUUGGAAUGUUUCACAAAAUUGAUAAACACCAUCAAGACAUAAUUUCACAACAAGAAUUCAGAGCAGCCAUAGAAAGCCGAUUCCAAAUUGAAGUAUCAGAUUCUGAAUUCGAGAUGUUCAUGGAAAACGUUCCUUUAGACAAGGACGGAAAUGUUCGUUAUCCAGACUUCAUGGCCCAGUUCGAUGCCAAAAAGGGAGCCCCUAGUCUAUGGGGAGGUAAAUCAGUUGCUACUAUUGCAACUAACAAAGAGAAACAAAAACGUUCGCUACCUGCAGUCGAUAAGCAACGCUCCGUAGAAGAACUUCAUGAUAUUUUGCGAGACUUGGUGAAAAACGAUAUGAAUAAAUUAGAAACUGAAUUCAGAAAAUUAGACGAAUACAACUCGGGUAGACUCACGCAGGAAAUGAUGUACAAUCUGCUCCACAACAUGAAUAUACAGCGACCUAUGACCCGAGGUGAAAUUAGACGCUUGUGGGACACAUACAUAAUCAACAAAAACCGCACGUUCACUUUCCUGGAAUUGAUCAGGUUUUACGGUCACUCGCAAAAAUCGGCUGCCUUUCCAAAUGCUAAAAUUUCACCACCAAGACGAGGGGACAACGAUUUCAUGAUGCGAUCACGAAAGCUGAAUUGCGACGCUGACAUGCUGGAAGAUAAUUUGAGGGCAAAGGUCGACUAUAUGUGGGAAGACUUGCGAAGGGAAUUUGUCGACAUGGAUCCGUUUCACACUGGUUUCGUAUCAAGAGAAGAAUUUCGUGAUUUACUCAUAGAAUUAUGUGUGCACCUUACGAAUCACGAAGCUCAAAUGCUCUGCGACCGUUUUGACACAAAUAAGGAUGGUCGAGUUUCGUAUAUUGAAUUUCUGAAACCAUUCGCUCUGCGUAGACAAGUGUGGCGAGAAGGAAACAACAUGCUAUCGGUACUGACCCAUCCUCAGGCGGAGCUGCCCACGUCCAUGAUUCCAGGGAAACCGAUAGGUGGACUGGAAAACGUUACAUCGAAGCUGAAGCAGCAAUUAGCUGGUGACUGGCGUACGUUGCGCCGAGCUUUCAAAAAAAUGGACAUGUCAUCAGAUGGAAUGCUUACCCUUCCAGAAUUUCGUAGCGUGCUAAAACUGUGCAACGUAGUGUUGGACGAAGACGAAGUGUAUCAUGUUCUUUCUCAGUAUGACAAAGAUCUUGGAGGAAAAGUUGACUAUAAACGAUUUAUGUCUGAUACAGUUGGUAUGCGACCAGACACACGAAAAUCAAACGUUUAAAAUGAUCACAAAUUAUUGAAUAUAGAGUUUUCUGGCAACCUUAUAUUUUUGAAGCACAGGAAAAUAUCUAGUGAAAUGAAACCUUCAAUUAUUGUUUGAUAAUUUUAUGAGAAUAUAGCGACUGGCCAAAUAAUUUGAAUAUUCGAAAGCAACACGUAUUGCGGAGUAUUCGAAUCAUAUAUUUCGUAGUUUUUGACUCAGACUUACAGGUAAUUAGGCCCAAUCUUAUCGUCUUUCAACUCUUGAACGUUUUUCAGGUUUGUAGUCUUACUUAUUAAACGCACAUUAAAAAUUAUUACUUUUAGAGAAAAUCUGUCAUAUACUUGUUUUGAUAUUGGAUAAAUAGAUUUAAUUAUGUAACAACCCUCGAAGCGAUUAAGGUCAUCUCUGAUCUAUAAAAUCAGAGGAUGGCGAUAUGAGAAUGAUGGUGAGUUUCUGUGGCUUAACCCAAAUUAAUUUGCAAAAAAUCAAGCAGUUCACGUAGUUUAUUGAUUUUUAAUUAUGUAUAUUUUUAUCAUGUUGCACUUAUGUA